AUGGGCCGCAUCGGAUUCCCUCGCAUCGGGCCCUUCACCAUCGACGACCGAGGAUUCGUCCGUUUGACAAAUCGACCUCUCACCCUGGAGAUAAAGAACCUCGAGAACAAUGAGAUUCCCCUAGAAAUCAAAUCCCGAGAGACGGGACAUAAAAUACCGGAGACUCGAGAUCUGCUCAAUGCCGCACAGAUCGAGGCGGACGUGCGCUUCGAGGCCUGUAAGGAUGUCAUCGGCGCCGGGCCUGAGAGGUGGGUGCCACGGGAUCAAUAUCAUGAGGCUAAGCAACGGGAAGAACAAUUGAAGCAGAAUGCGCUUAAUACAGCUCAAUCGGAUGAGGAAAGAGGGCAAUUACUCGAACAUCAGUCUUUCGAGGAUGUCAACGAGGAAGAGUCUCGUAAUGAGCGAGCACGAUGGAUGAAAGUGAUUGGAAUUCGUUAUCUUUAUCUCCUUUCUUGUCUGCCACGAUCCAGGAUUGCAUAUCCGUGCCUCGAUAUCAGGGGGAAAGGCUCGAUCCAAAAGAGCUAUUAG